UUUACUGCGAUUUGCCGAUGCACAUUCGUGGUGGGCGUAUUUCCUGGUGGUCUCUUGGAUAAUAUCGGCAAUUAGACGUCUGGCUCCAUAAUGUCUCUGGCGCUGGAGCCAGAACUGCUGGACCAAUGGGCAGAGCAGGUUCUCGCCUUUUUCCCUCACGUUGCGAAAAACAAGAUUCUGGUAGAUUUAAGGAAGACUCAUAGCCUGGAGUUAACUGUCAACAGAAUUGUGGAUGGACAGUUUUUGGAAGGAACGUACUUGGACCCCAGCUACGAUGUCAUCCUUUCCAACGAGCUCUCACCACCACGCUCGAAGCAACCUGAGAUCCGACAAGAACCAGGACUAGAACUAGGCCCACCUAUCUUUUCCCGAUCUAAUACCUUUCCGAUCGAUUCCCAUGCACCGCCUGCUUUUUCCCGUUCGAGUAGCUUUUCAUCCUUGGGCAACGCGUCACGGGCUAUCGAGCUAGAUUCGCCAGAAAAGACGUCCGAUUUUCGAGCUCGUGUUGCAGGACGACAACUUCCAGCUCAUACCGCCACAGAUUUACCGCCAGGGAACAUUGAUGAUAUCGAAACCGACACUCAUGAAUUGACGGAUAGCGACUGCGAAGUUAUUGACUUGAGUCAAGAUACGCUUUCGACGGGCUCGGCAUUGGAACAGCUGGAUGCCGGUGGCAGUGUUGUCGAAUCAAUUCAUCCCCAACCAGUUAUCCCGCCAAGUCUUCCUGACCGUAGAAUAAAACUCGACGAUCCCGAUGACCAAACUGAUGAUAUUGAGGAACUGAUAGACCUCAGUCAGAACAGCUUUUCUUCAUAUCUGGAAACGGACCAACUUCAUAUCGAUCGUAGCGACGAGCUAAUGAGUAGCCUACGUAAAGGCCGUUCAUCCGCGCGACGGCAAAUUCCAAGCGCACAGACCCGUCACCAUCUGAUAGUAUCCAACUCAACGGAUUGCUCCGACGAAAAGCGGAAAACAUCGAGCAUUGGCGUAAAGUCAGCAAGCCAUUCAGCUGCUAUUAUCAAUGGGGGCUCUCAAACUUCUCAGCAAGUCAUCGUCACCAUUCUAUCAGACACAGAGGAUGAACUUGAAACAUAUAGGCCGCCAUUCAGGAACCUGGUAAACACCUUCAAACAAUCUAAACCGAUACUUUCUGCCGAACGGAAGGCCAGUCAUGGUCAGCCCAAAAAACAUGGAUCUCUCAGCUCAAGUAGCUCCCAUAACGGGAUCACAAAUUUCCGCUCAAAUCAGGCGGAAAACCAGAAUCAAUCUACCGUGAAAACAUCGUCGCUGCCCUCAUUACGCAACACGGAACCACCCACCCACUCAAAAAGCAUGGAAGACACACACUCAUCUGAAAGCCCUACCGUUGGAAGUCAGUCAACAUCGAAACGAAAGAAGCCAUCUGAUAAAAACACUCGGUGCCCCAGGACGGAAGAACGGAACCAUGAGGACCAUGACAAGACAACAGAUCAGAAUGAGAAGCCAAAUGCAGCACCAGCAAAAAGGGCAGAGAGGCAACGCGAAAAGGAAGAAAGAAUGAAGCGAAAGAAGGAAGAGGGCGAAGCUCGCAAGGCCAUGCGAAAUGUCAACACAAUCCGAUCAAAAUCAGAUUGCGUAACGGAGAUGAUUGUGGAAAUUUCCUGCGAUUUUCUUUCUGACGAAGAAAAUGCACUAUUGCUCGCCACUUUGAGGGAAGCCGGCGCACAGGCGAGCUUGAUGUCUCUUCCUAUUUCUCGCUGUUUAAGAUGGUCAAGGAAGGUAACCCGAGAGUGGAACGCUGCCGACGAAUGCUGGGAGCCCUGCUCGGAGAAGAUCGAAAGUGAGCCAUUUGUUCUCGUUAGACUCACCGGGGAUCACUUUGCGGAAGUUCUCGCGCGCGCAAAUGGAUGCAUUCUGCCCUAUAACCAAACUAUUCGUACGGCCCUUCCUGAUACUAAAGUCAUAUACCUCAUGGAAGGCCUGGAGACGUACUACAAACGCAAGAAUCGGACCAAGGCUGCCGCGAAGCGUGCAAACGAUGAAGAAAAUGACGAGCAGGACAGCGGAAGGAAGAGAAAGCGGAAGCCGGCUUCAGAUUCCACACUGCCAACUCCAUUGCAAAUGGAAGAACAGCUCUUGAAGCUGCAACUUGAGGAAGAACGCAACGUGUAUGUACAUUUGUCAAAAAGUCCUAAAGAGACUAUCGAGUGGAUUGGCAGCUUCACAGAUCAGAUAUCUAUGAUUCCAGAAUUGAGACAUCGCAGUGAACAAGCAUGGCAGCUAAACUUUGGAGAUAAGAUCCGAUCAGGGGCUGAUGACGCCAAUACAUGGGUAAAGAUGCUAGAACAAAUCCAAAUGUGUACAGAAGCCCGGGCGAAAGCGAUCGUCCAAGUGUACCCGUCAUUACAGUCUUUGUAUUGCGCGUACGAACGGUGCACAUCAGCAACCGAAGCACGGAAUCUCCUGGCAAAAAUUCAGGUCAACUCUGGGACUGCUGCGAACCCGAAUUUGAGGAAUAUUGGUCCCCAGUUAUCUAAACGGGUCUACGCAGCACUCAUGGAGGAGGAUGCGUCCAAAGUCUUGAUGGAGUAGCUAGCUACUCUGGGAGAAAUAAGAUGUGUAAAGGAACAAGAAUCGUCAUGUACAUGUAUAUAUUAAUCAGUACGCCGCGCCUAUUUACAAAUAAAAGAGAGGAUUGUCUUAUCUAAAUCA